AACAGCGUGUUUUGGGAAGUAGUCUUGGACAAAUGCCAGUGUUAUACAGAUUUUAAUUUUCGGUAUCUCUACUUACCGCAACAAUACGGCCCAGUAGAAGCUUGUGUCAGUAUACAGGCAGUAGUAUAUAGGAAACUAAGAUGCAUCCGCUAGAAGAACGCGCGUGUGAUGAGUUGCUGGAACACCCGUUACUCCGCACACCACCGCCGGAGCCAGAGCGGCCACGCCCACCGUGGGUACGCAAGCCCAGGGUCUUUAAAGUGAUGGCAAGAUUUCCACUGCUCGAUAAAGAGUUUUACGCGCGUUGGGUAAAUCAUCAAAAAGAGUUGCAAAUGAUGCGUCAUAAAGUAGACGCAAAUCCUCCGGCUUUGUUCCCGGAGUUGUACCUGAAACCACGGCGUCUAGACUUCUAUUCGCGUAAACUGGAAGAGAACAUGAACGUCAACAAAGAUCUUAUCAAGAAAAUCAACCUCAUACAAAUAACUGGGGGUAUGGUGGAUUGCUGGUUUAAAAAAACAGGUACCAUUGAGCAUGACAAGUUACUGCGACGGUACCGACAGAGGCAGCUUGACGAAAUCCACUAUGCAAAUAUUUACUUAUAUACGAGAAUGCUCAAGGCUAAAUCAGAACAGCCAACUACAAAGGAACUUAAUGAGUUGUGGAAGGAUACUAAGCAAAAGCUCAUACUUGGAGCUGCUCUGCCCUUUAUAUUGUUCAAGACGGGAACCAUUGACAAAGGCAUGAAAGACCCCGCAUUUGAAAAGCCGUUUCAUAUUUAUCGACCACGUGUAUACAUGACAAUUGGGGUCGAAGGCGGUUCGAAAAUUGGACAAGUGAUCAUAGAACUGUUCAAUGAUAUCGUGCCACAGACUUGCAAACUGUUCAUGCAACUCGUCCGUGGUGAUGGGAACGGUUACGCUUAUAACGGGACGCGCCUCUUCAGGAUUGUGCCGGAGCUCUACUGUCGAGGCGGUGACGUGACCUUGGAUAACGGCUUCGGAUGCUAUUUACCCGAGAACAGAGGAGAACCGAUGAGCCCAGAAAAUUUCAACCUUAAACAUUCUAUCCCGGGAACUGUUUCAAUGGUUGUGACGUCAAGCAAUGAAGUGUGUGGUCAGUUUAACAUCAUUUUCAAGCCUCUGCCUCAGUUUGACGGAAAACAUGUGGUUUUUGGACGAAUAAUAGCAGGGCCUUUCAUUACCCUGGAACGCAUCAGCGCCAUCGGACUUCCUCUAGGCACCACUGCUUUCAACUGUCAAAUCCGCUACUGCGGCUGGAUCUCCAAAUCUGGUAUCAUGCAUGAAGGUAUUCGCAAUAGCAUCAGAUUCCCUUCAGAUAAAAUACAACAAAGAGUAUCAGUGAAAUAAUGGUAUGUCGUGUUUGUCAAAGGAAAAAUUAUUCCAUGUUAUUAUUUAUGUUUGUUUUGUAUGUUAUCUGCAAAUUCUUU